UGGAAUUCAUUUCCUGUGAAAGUUACUCAUAGCGGCGCAGCGAUGCAGACGCCGUGUCUCAGGAAAAACAUGCGUAGUGAAAUUUAACUAAACUGCGUUUAUUUGUUACUGGGGAUUUUUUUUCCGUAAUAUUCAGGCCCGUGCGAAUAUCAGCAGGGCGAGAAUAAACUCCGGGAAUGGCUGAACCCUUACUGAAGCGGACCUUGUCCAAACUGCGGGGUAAAGACCGAUCCCGCCGCAAAACCGACCCCAGACUCAACGAUGGACCGAGGAAGACGGAGCUCGUCCACAGCUCUUCAUCGUCCUCGGUGACUGAGGUGGAGUUGGACUGCACCAAACACACACAGAUCACAGUGUCCAAAAAACAGAACUGGGCCAAACUCUCAUCCAUCCCCCGGGAUGUCGAGCAGCUCCCAAGCCUGAGCUCGGUGUCUCAGGAGCGAGAAAGCUGCACAGGCAAAGCCCAGGCUUCCAAACAGGCCUCUCUCAGGGAGAAUGGCUUUGAUUGGAGAUGGAAAGAUCUACAUAAAGACGGAACCCACCCCAGAGCUUGCCAGAAAGCCGACACGGCUGACGGGGCUGACACACUCGAUGCUGGUCUUCCAGAGUUAGUAACGCCUCCAGUCACUGAGUACUGCACCUCCUUGGGCAUGGGUAAGCUCUCUGGGCAGGGAGUGUACCUCCAGCACUUGGAGAGGAGUAGCCGAGCUUGGGUGCUGUCGUCAGGAAAGACCCAGGCUCCAGAUGAGGCCUACACAGCCUGCUUCACAGAGCGAAGGCACAUGACUGAAAGCGAGAGCAACAUUUGGUACAACCCCAUCCCAGAAGAAGAGGACGCUCGGGUCAGCGGAGUGAAGCUGAAGCUGAAGGAGAAAGAGAAGGAUGUGCUGGAAGAUCCUUGGAGAAGGAGAGACAUGGAGGGAGCACAAGAGGAAUGGAGAGAUGUUCCUCCACAGUCUUGUCACCCUGAUGUUUAUUAUCUGGGUUGCAGCAGCGGAGGUGCUAGUAGUGUUAGUGAAGUUGUUAGCGCGGCAGCCAGCAGUUCAGCAGGCUCUUCUGGAAGUCCUGGAGCACAAACAAAAAUCUCAGGAGGAACCAGCAGCAGCAGUAUGAUGGAGAAGAUUAAAUCCCCCGGCACAGUACGGCGUCUGUCUAUGAAGAUGCGCAAGCUUCCAGAACUGCGCCGUAAGCUCAGCCUGCGCUCAUCACGCAAUCAGCGACACCUUCAAGGACAAGCGGGUGGCAGUGAUGCACCAGGGGGCGCUGAUGAGGCCUCACCUCCCAACGCACGUAAAGAGUCUUCUAACAAUGUCAUAAGCAGGUACCAUCUGGACACCAGCGCUCCCGCCAGACCGAGGCGACGAUCGUCACGCACGCGUUCUGCUAGCAAAGGUGGUUAUCUUAGCGACGGCGACUCCCCUGAGCUUCUCCCCAAACAGGAUUUGACUCCGGGAUCUCAGGGAUCAGGUCAAGACACACAGGAGUCUCCACAACCUCCUCCACACCGCGGGUGGCAGGAUACAGUCGGGUCAUUCCGGCACUACUCACUAUCGGAGCAGCCGAAGUGCGCCCAGAGAGUGUCAGGGCUCCUCACGGUGCAUCUUCUCGGUGUCUCUGAACUCGUGCGAUCUCGCACCUCUAAAGACAUCUUCUGUGCCAUCCAGGUGGACGGAGUGACGCGAGCUCGCACCGCUUUACUCACCUGCCAGGAGACGUCACUCCCGCUAAACCACACCUUCAACCUGGAGCUGGAGAGAGCGCGCAUGCUAAAGCUUAUUGUUCUCACACCAAGUGCUAACAUCGUGGAUCGAACCACAGGCCCCGGUGGUCAAACACGCAACCGGGUAUGCUGCCUGGGCACUGUGGCAAUCCCCCCUCUGUUUAAAGCCUCUCGGACUCAGCAGCUGUGUGUGAAGCUGGAGCCGAGGGGUUUGCUGUAUGUGAAGCUGACUCUGUUGGAGCAGUGGGAGGCGCCACCGCCCCGCCUCAGCGAGCUGCCUCCCCCCUCCGUAUUCGGCGUGGAGCUGCGUCACCUGGUGGAGAAAGAGGCCUGCGUUCCCAAAGUGCCUCUGAUCAUUCAGAAAUGUGUGGCGGAGAUCGAAAAGCGGGGACUCAAGGUUGUGGGUCUGUAUCGUCUCUGUGGCUCAGCGGCUGUAAAGAAGGAACUGAGGGAUGCGUUUGAGAAGGACAGUGCGACCGUCACACUCGAUGAAGAGCUGUAUCCUGACAUCAAUGUCAUUACCGGUAUUCUGAAGGAUUACCUGCGUGAGCUGCCAUCGCCACUCAUCACACGGACUCUGUAUGAGGUGGUGCUGGAGGCCAUGUGUCAGAGACCAGUGUGCAGGAGCGACGACACACACAGAUCACACAACACCGUCACCCUGCUGCAGUGUCUACCUGAACCAGAGAGGGCCACACUCUCUCUCCUGUUGGACCAUCUGAGUCUGGUGGCUUCCUUCAGCGACUGUAAUCUGAUGACCUGUCAGAACCUUGCUGUGUGUUUCGGCCCUGUUCUGCUCACCCCAACCCAGGACUCGUGGAAAGGAGCAGGACCGGGCGCCUUCCCAUCAGUCCCUGCAGGACAUGGAAGCAGCUUGGGAGGAAGAAACUUCACACAGCAGAGCAUGGAGAUGGCCAGCGCUGUGGACUUCAAGCGGCACAUCGAAGCUCUGCACUAUCUGCUGCAGCUCUGGCCGAUCCCAACAGGAAGAGUGACGGAUCAGUCACCCUGCCGUUCAGAGGAUGAAGAAGCUCCUCCUCCUUCUCUUUCCCAGAAUUCCCUACAGCGUUGUGGUCAGCGGCCAUCGUUACGCGUGGAACUGCCGUUACCCCAGGACGUAGCGGUAGUGUCACGGAGGGGGCGUGGCCGUCUGGAAAGUCCACCCUGUAAUCGCUAUGCUGGUGACUGGAGCGUGUGUGGGCGGGACUUCCUGACCAACGACGACGCCGAUUACGACGAGGUGGCGGGCAGCGAGAGCGAUGAGGACGAGGAGAAGAAAAAGGACUGGGUGUACACGGACGAUUAUGCGCUAGACUUUGACGCGCCGUUUACAUGCAGACUGAGUCUGAAAGACUUCGAUAACCUAAUAUCAGAUCUGGAGCGUGAACUCGCCAAACAGAUCAACAUCUGCCUCUGAGCACCGUCUCUACGUAAACCCUGUAUCUGCACUGCACUGAAGUCAUGCAGCAUUGAAGUAUUCAGAAUUUAAAUGUGUUAUGAUUUAAAGCAACACUUAGAGCAGAUGGUGUAGAUCAGCCAAGACAUGAUGUGCCUCUACAUUUGGUGUUGAUCUUUAAUUUUUUUUUAUUAUCAUUAUUUUUGCUCUGAAGCUAUGUAGAUGGACACUCCAGUUUAGCGGUGUGAAAACUUUAUCUUUAGAAAAAUGACAAAAUGUCCUCACAGACAGCAGCAGCCAUCUUGUUUGGUAACAACAAAAGCAUCAGCCUCACCUAUAAGGUGUGCCACAAAUAAUGAAAGGCUUAAUGAUGGUUUCGGAUGAUGAUACAGUUCACAUUUUAUCUGUUUGGAAGAUUUUAUGAAAACGAAUAUAAUCGAGGCAAUGCCGUCUUCACAGUGCUACACUGGAGGCUGUAAGGUUUCCCAGCUUAUUAAAUACAACCAUCUUAUAGUAGCUUUAAUAGAAAAACUGAAGAAGCCAGCUGCAGACACCUUCAUGUCUUGGCUGAUUUGGUGAAAGGGAUUUAAGCCUGGAGAAUGUACAUAAUUAUAUAAUUGAAGACCUGAUGCUGGAAGAAUGCGCUGCAGAUACAGGCGUUCAAAUGGGCGCUUUAACGAUGAAGGUCGACGACAAGCAGCUUCUUCUGCUUUAGUAAAGUGUGAAAUUAUAUUUAAUAGAAACCCAGACAGAGGUGUGUGUAGGGCAAGUCAAAUCCUGCAGAGCCUCAAAAGCACAGAGGUUAGUUUUCAUUCCCGGCACAAACACAACACACGUGAUUCGUCUAAAAAAAGGACUGAGUAGUACAUUGGUGUCUUAUGGACUCUGUUUUCAUGCCAUUAUAACUGAAUUAAUACUCAAAAGCAUAGUGUUACUGUUCACCCCAGCUCCAUAAAAUCCCACCAUCGUCUCUGCCUUUAUGCUCAGGCUUCAUGAGCACUGCGUUACUGAAUGCAGUUAGUAUUUCUAUUUUAUUCUGCACCAUUUAUUGCACAUUUCCUAGGGAGUUUCCUAGCAGUUUAAAGUUAAAUUAUAAUGUUGCUCAAGACAGCGCUUGCUUAAGGGCACGAUCUCGUCUCGCAGCACAAAUUAUUAGCUUUGUUUAAGCAGGAAAGAAACAUGCAUCCGCUAUGAUCAUUCUGUUCGGGAAAAACACAUCGGAAGACAUUAGGUCCGGGAACAUUUAUCUCAUUCAUACAACUGAGCAGUUGAGGGUUAACGGUCUUGCUCAAGGGCACAGCGGCAGGAGCUUUAGUGAUCCUGGGAUUUGAACUCACAACCUUCUGAUCAGUUGUUCGACAUCUUACACACUGAUUUAACCACAUUUAUCAAUUUAACUAAAUAGUUUUAAACAACCAGAGCAGAUUGAUGAGAUCAUAACACAUUUCACAUGGUUUCAUUUCUUUUAAGACUAGAAACAUCCAAGUGUCAAGUUCCUGUUAUGGCUUACAGGUUGUAAACGGUCAUCCCUUCAUCAGCCCCUCUAUCUUUUUCUCUCUUAGAGUAAACAAGACAAAAAAAUGCAGGUUAUCAUGUUACCAAAGAAGCAUUGUCAGAACAUGAGCAUGUUAAUAUAAACUGUGGUGUAAAGCCAAAAUUAUGGAACGUUAGAAGUCUGUCUUUUAAGCACAUGACAAUUCCUACUGAGAUCACAUAUGUGCGGUACAACAGCACGUCUUGGACGGUAGUUCCGGCUGUGAAAUGAACGAUCCGAUAUUGUUUCUAUGGUAACAGCUUUGCUUCUGCCCAGCCCUGUUGAUCUGCAUGAGCAUCAGUUUGAAAAGAUGUAGCUGGCUGGCUUCAUGAUACAGAAGAAGCAUGAGAGAGCCUUUACCCUCACUAGCUGGUAGGUGUUGUGUGAUAGGGCAGCGUUAGCUAGUCGGUAGGAAUUGAAAGGAAAAAAUCUGUGAGUGAUUUUGCAGCUGCAUCCUAAAGUAAAACAGUGACCUGAGAGAUUUCUGUCGUCAUCUCAAAUAAAUGCCGUUUCAUUUAGGCUCAAUUUCAGCAAAACAAAUUCCAAACGAUCUCAACAAACUUUUUUUCAUGGUCACAAUUUACACUUCAUUACUGAUUUAUUCAUAUUGUCUACAAAUUGUGUUAGGGCUAAAUCUGGAUUUUCGAUCCAUGAAUAUUGAUAGCAGCAGGAAAGCUUGUGCAGUGCCUAUUUAUGCAUGUCUUCUUUCCCCCUGAAAUAAAUCCUCCCAUCUAGUGUGACCUGCCAGCGGCACUUGGGCCAAAUGUUAUGUAAAGUUUUCCACUGGGACAUUCCGUUACUGGUCCAGUCUUAAUGCUCGAGAUGCUUUACCCCAUUCUGUUUCUGAGUUGAAAGAUUGCAUUUUCCUAGCGUGCUGAUGUGUUUCCUGCGCCAGACAGCCCUCAAUGAUGCUUUAAUGGAAUAAAAACAAAAAACAAUCUUCCCUUCGACCUAAAUAUAGCCUAUGAGCAAGACGUUGUGGUCCCCUAACCUCUGAGCUACCAGUCAGGUGUCUGGAUUCCAGUAAUAUUUCAGUAUUAGAGGGAAACUGUCUUUUUGCUUUCGUAUAGAAGGAUUAUUGUACUUAAUUUGCACAGUUCACUUUGAGGAAAGUAGAAAGAAUGAGCAAAUCCACAUUUGCCCGAUCAUUUAGCCUCAAGAACAAGCACAACGUGGAUCAGCUAAUCAGGACACACACACACACCAUUUUCUAAAAACUUCCAGACCAAAGACACGUUUUGCCGGUUCUUUUGCACUUCUGUAUUGCGUAUUUGGUUAUAUGACGUUGCUGCUUACUUGGUUGAGUGCAGUACACGGUGUUGCCGUUGCUGGUGUAGCACUGUUUCUUUAACAUUGGAGCACGGUACAUAUGUUUUUCUGACUGUGAUUUUUGUUAAUUAAUAAAAUGUACAAAAAGAAGAAGAAGAUGGGGGG